AUGCGUCACCAACUGCACCAUCGUCCCGAAAUCGACGACAUCCGCGUCGCCUACGACAGCGAACGCUCCUUUCACUCCGACUUCGAUAGCGAACAAUCCCACCAUCCAUCCCAGUCAAGUAGCGACAGAUGGGCAAAAUCCUAUUCCACACAACCUACAAUAUACUCAGCCACCUCCUCCAAGAGGCCGCCCCGAGUGCAUCAGAAUAUCCAAAAUGGAGGUCAUGAGGAGUCUUCCCGCUGCUUCUCGGACAUACAUCCCCAGGAGAGUCCACGGGCAUCGAUAGAAACGUAUGCCUCGACUGUACAGAGUGAGGAAGAUCUUCCACAGGAAAUACCAGCAUAUGAAGUACCGGAGUACACUGCACGGCCCUAUGAGCCCACAGCCAUCGCUGCGACCCCUUCGGACUUCUCGGAACUUUUCCCAUCCCAUCGCAGGCUCGCGAUCCGGCACGACGACUCCACCCUGGACGGCAACAUGAACCUUCGCUUGGACACCGAGGUGACCAUGCAUGGUGGACGACGAUGCGAUAUGACCCUGUUUCAUUUGCGCAUGCAUGAUCUGCGAGAUCGCGAGUUCUCUCUGCGUCGGUAUUGCAGAGACUCGGGUCGGGAAAUCUGUCAUUCUUCUCGUAAGCUUCAAAGACCUCCCACGCAAAAGCGGCCAGGUUUCCAACGCUCGCUCAGCAAUGCUUUGAGUAGUAUGAGGUCAAAGUCUGAACCGAAGAGUCCCACAAUUGGCAGUCUCAAGCGGAAUGACUCAGGCUAUGGCUCUGUCCACUCAGCCGUGGACCUUGAUUGUGAUGACCGGCUUCAAUCCUCUCAUAGUGCUCCGAAGCCGCAACCUGCAGCGGACCCCAACACAGUGAAGCUUGAGUUCUCCAAUUAUGCUCAACUUGACCUCAGGCGAACAGGACGGACGGGCAGCAAAAGGUACGAAUUUGAAUAUUGGGGAAGACAGUACUGCUGGAAAAAAGCCGUGCACAAGGAAGCCCAGUCCAAAGAUGUAUCAUAUCACCUGAUCAAGGCCGGGACGGAUCACGUUCUGGCGUAUAUCAUUCCCUCGCCGCUAACUCCCGCUCAAGCGGAAGAGGAGCAGAGCAAAGGAGGUUGGAUCCCGCCUUGCUCGAUGUGGAUUGCCGACGAGAGCAUCGUCCGUGGUCAGAAGGAUGUAGCCGAGUAAGUCCAACGUUGCAAAUGUGUUGCGAAGGCGCCAACUGACAAUUCCUGACAGUGUCAUUGUUGCUUCCGGCUUGGUAGCUCUCGUGGACGAUUCGAUCCGCGCGCGAUUCCACUCUCGCGAUUCACAGCCUCUCUUCAUCCCGAAACUUGGCGUCGAAUAUGUUGGCCCGAAACGUCUGAUCAACGAAAUGUUCAAGCGCGGGUAG